AUGUAUCGUAUCACAUAUGUGUGUGUAACGUCGUCGUGUGCAAGUACGAAGUCUUCCCACUACGUCCCAUACAAAGAUAACCGCGCGUCCAAGUUGCGUUAUGAGUUGAAGAGGAAUCAUUCGACGGAUACGAUAACAAUACGCAGUAACUCACGCUCGUCCAGCAAAUAUUCAGUCCGGUCAUAUGAACCUAUUCCUCACAGUAGGAUAGAGAUAGACAUUCGAAAUGGCGCACAUUCAAGACCAGCUUCACCAAAUAUUAAUUUCGUGAGACUAAAUUAUCGUCCAAGAUCUAUUGGUUCAGCCAACAGAAGUUAUAAAAUUGAUAAAGAGAAUGCCUGCAGUAGAAAAUGCAAUGCUGAAACUGUACAGCAUACCAGCAACAUCAGUUUGGCAAGUGAUGAUACUAUUGCGAAGGAAACAGCUAGUCAAAACUCCAUAAAAGGAAAAUUAAAUAUUGGAAGACAGUCGAGACCACUCACAAGGACGGAAUUUCAUCCAAGACCCAUUUCUAUUCCAGAACCUGUUGGAGUAUGGAAAGCUACCACAACACCAAUGAGGGGCACUGCUGUGCCCAAUGCCGAGCCUAGCAUAGAAGAAUGGAAUUUACUGCAUAAAAGCUCAAGAUUAUCAUCUCUCAAGCACAGAAGUGUUUCUAGCAAUAGAACUCCUAGGAGAAGAAUUACGAGAGGCAGUAGCCAACACAACUUCAAGCCCCAGUUAGAAGAUAUACAGAGUUCAUUUCUGAUUUUAAAUAAAGAAUAAUCAAAAAAGGUAAGACAGAGAAUUUUAGUUAUGUUUUACUUAUAAGCAUUUCUUAGAAGACACUUAUAAUAUGAAGAGAAAAA